AUGCAUGACAUGGCCCCCAUCGCCCAGGUAAUCAAAUCCUAGACACACCAACAACAAUACUCCACUAAACUUUAGAGCAACACUUGUAGCAUGCGGGCAGCUCAAGAUCAGACAUAUGUGCAGCCACAGUUUCGGUACGUUUCCACACGUCAUUGAAAAAAAAACGGCAAAAAAACCAACUUCAGAAUGUACGCGUCUCCGAAUCCGCAGAGUGCAUCUCAUCUGAUUGCCAACCAGAUGGGAUUCCUGGGCUCGGCCACAGGGCUCCCCUACAGCUCUUGCUCGCCAAACAGCAGCACUGCCGCCGUUUCGUACCUGCGACAGGCGACGUUUCCUCCAGUGCAUCUCUCGGCUGCUGCUGCUGCUCAUUCUUAUCGCUAUCAUUCAACUGCAAGUAAUGAUUUGAGCCAUUUCUUAUUCAUUUAACCCUCCAAAUUCAACAAUACAACCAAUAUUACACGCACGAAUCGGGCAGGUGUAUCGCCAUACUGCCAGUAGUCUAUCGAAGUUUCUGAAGCCUAAGGAUGAUACCACGGUUAUACCUUGCAAAAUUAUAGAAAAAUGCGAUAGACUUAUACCGUAUACCACUCAGCACUACCGGUAGAGCUCCGAGUACUAAAGUAUAUACCGGAAGUAUGACGAUGAACAAGUUAUUAUCUUACUUUGAUCCAUUUUGAGGUAUAUCCUCGUUAUACUUUUAUUACCUGAUCCCAAUUCGUUUAUGUAUGAACUAUAUCGCAGCGAGGAUAACGCUAUGUGGUGGGGGAGCAGCAAGCAAAAUCGCUGACACCUUUUUUUAAAAAUUGUUUAAGGGGCAUUGUUUGAAAGAAUAAGGAACGAAUUUGAGGAAGCAAAUUCCAGUGAAAAUUUGCUUGCCUGCCCGCUGCGGUAUUAUCAUUUGUGAAGGAUGUUAAUUUUCAUUACAUUUUUGCUCGACACGCAACAAGAAUAUUUGAACGCUUCAAAACUAAUUAACUCGCAUGCUGAGGAGGUUAACCCAGCCGUGCUAACACGGGGUCUCAGUGGGUGCCGCCGUAUUAAACCCGUAUAAGCACAGUUGGUAGAACUUAUGGCAAUUUUUAGCCCAGCCAGGCUUGUGCGGCAGGCCGAGCGGCCCGGCCCGGGCCGGGCUUCAUAAAAAAAUUAAAAUUUCAUUUAAAAAAUUUUCACCGAAAUGUGACUUUUACUUCUCAAAUCAUAGUUUUUGUUAAACUUUAAGAGAAAAAAUGAGCGAAAACGUAAUUUUUGUCGUUAAAAAACUUGAUAUCCGGCUAGAAAAAAAUUGCGCGAUUCGGGCCGGGCGGGCCAUUUUUUCUUGAGGCCCACUAAGGCCGGGCCGGGCCGGGCUUACGAAAUGGUCGGGGGGCCGGGAGGGUGACGGGCCGGCGCUCGCACAAGCCUGAGCCCAGCUGAGACCCCGUUUUAGCAAAGCUGGGUUACAUAUUUUUCUUCCACACAUUGUUCCCCCGUUUUUGCCCCACUGAAACUAAAAUAACCUCAGAAACACGGGUUUAAUACGAGUACACGCGCUGAGACACCUGCUCAGCAUGCGAGGUACCUUUUCGCGUCGAUGUUUUAUUGCGCGGGACUAUAUUUGAUCUUUUUUGAUCUAAAGAAUAGAAAAAUAAGUCAAAAGUGCAGCUAUAUUGAAGGGCCAUCGCCAUCUGUAAAUAAAAAAUUGACGCGAAAGAUAUUGUAGCCUUGGGGGCGGAGUUAGCUGCUUGGCAUUCAAAAUCUGAACAGACUAUAAUUGUGAAAUUCUAAAAAAGUUCUUUCGCGUGUUCACUCGGACAUUGGUAACGCGAAACGGACGUGCUCCGGGCCAGGCUUGUGCGUCAGGCCGGGCGGCCCGGGCCGGCCUGGCACGGGAUUUGGGCCUUAUUUUCAGGAAAAAGCCCGCGUGGGCUCGGGCCGGGCUUCAAAAAAAAUUUAAAAUUUCAUUUAAAAAAUUUUCACCAAAAUGUGACUUUUACUUCUGAUAGUUUUUGUUAAACUUUGAUAGAAAAAAUGAGCAAAAACGUAAUUUUUGUCGUAAAAAAACUUGAUAUCCGACUAGAAAAAAAUUACGCGAUUCGGGCCGGGCGGGCCAUUUUUUCUUGAGACCCGCUAAGGCCGGGCCGGGCCGGGCUUACGAAAUGGUCGGGUUCCGGGAGAGUGACGGGCCGGCCCUCGCACAAGCCUGCUCCGGGCGUUUCUGGGCAACUCUAGGGAUCUUUUAAAUGCGUUGAGCCUAUUAAAGUAGUCACUAGAAAUGCCCCGACACGUUUGAUUCGCGUCCCGUUCGCGUUACGAACACCCAACAUAAUUGACGAUAUCGCAGCGGGCCGCACGCGAUAUAGCCAUGGCUUCUCGCUGCGAUCUCGUCAACAUGUCGCUGCGACCUCGUCAAAGUCUUAUUAUUAAAAAGUCUCGCUGCGAUAUCGCUCCCUCUUAAAAAAAUUUCAAAUUUCAAAAAAAUUUUUUUUUGUGCUUUAUUUUUUUGACUUUUUAUGAUGAAAUCAAUCAAAUUCAAAGAAAAAAACAUUUCUGAAGAAAAAAAUUUUUUUCAGAGAGCGAUAUAGCGCAAGACGUUUGCGAGGUCGCAGCGAGAGACGAGCGAUAUCGCUCGCGGCUCCCCCGCGGUAUAGCGUUACUCUCGCUGCGAUAUAGUCCACAAAAUUUUGCAAAAUUGGGUGUAAGUGGUUUCGGAGCCUUGAGAUUUCCUUGAGAUUACGGUACUCUGAGAUAACGGCUCCGGAGAUUUGCGGACUUGAGGUAAAAUCGUACCAUCGGUGAGGGGUUGACAAAAACGCUUGUGCGUCAGGCAGUUUUUAUUUAUGGCGUGUUCAUCGGACGAAACAAAAUUUUCUUCGAAACGCAAGAAAAUUGCUCCAAAACAAAAAUAAGUACUGUUUUGGAGCAACUUUGGCGCACCGAUGAACACGAUUUUUCGUUUUGAAGCAUGUUCCGUUUCUCCGACGAACACGCCAAUAAUGUUCUCGUUUCCCAAAGUCUUGUGAAUUUUUUUUUCUUUCACUCUCUUUUCCGGCGUACGGAAUAGUAAGAUUUUUUUUAAUCUCAAAAUUUGAAUGUAGUUUUUUUCUUAACUCAAAUUUUCGGGUAAAGAUAAACAUUUUGACUGAAAAAUCAAGAAUUCGUAACAAAAAAUCGCCUUCUUUCUUUUCGGAAUGGUUUGAACAAAACUUGCAAAAAUGUGCUACUCGUCCUACCCUUAACGGAAAUAAGUUUUUAACAGAUAAUAUUAGGAGCACAUGUCUCCACCUCAUGGAAGGCUCAUGCAAGGUCGAGCAGCCUUGUGAUCAUAACAAUCAGGAGCGUGACAAGUCCAAGAAAUCCAAAUGGCAAAAACUAUUGCAUCUUCCAAAACAAGUGCUGAGCGGUCGAGCUGUGCGCAAGGAUGACAUCGAGAAGCAUAUCGGCUCGCCGUCUUUGCGCUCGCGAAAAAAGGUUAAACGCGCUCGCGAGCCUUGCGAUUCUCUUUUCGUCGACGAUAACAACAAGCAAAACUCCUGUGAAACCAAAAUUGAUCGCAGUCACAGUGAGCCAUAUUUUUCUCUUCUCCAUUCACAAAACGAUGAAUCCCAACUCUUACUUAAAAAUUUUUAGCGCAUUCGCUGCCGAAAUGCGAAACCAUUCUGCCAGCCACAACGACGACGACGCAGUCCUCUUUUGGAAAGAAUGCCGGCGGGGCUACGUACAUUCCGCCACCUUUUCAAAGCUCUCUCGAUACACUAAUGGUGGUCGACGCAUCAAUACCGCCACCAACAACAUUGGCUCCUCCUCCUCCCCAUCAACCUUUCGGCGGCGUGCAGAGCAAGGCUGUCGCAAAUUCUUGGAACGGCACCACCGGGCAUCCUGCACCGCCCCGUCUAACCGCAAAUGUAUGUACCUUUUCCCGAAGGCUUGUUAAUUGGAUUAUUUUUCCCUCCAAAAAGAGCUCUUCACAUCUGAAUCAGGAAAUAAUGAUUAAUAUUUUGAAAUUUCCUCCUGUUUGCUAAAUUUGUUUUUUUUUUUCAAGGGAAAGCGAGUUGGUCGACCACCGGGUACCUUCAAACGUCUUUUGGGUGGAGAAUCGUCGACCUCUUCCUACAAAACCUCGUAGCGUCGCCCACAGCCCGUAGUCCGUCAACGUAGUGUUUUCAGUGCACGAUCGGGACUGGAACACUCAGAGCACGGCGAGGAGGUCGAUGUCGAGACGUUGGUGGACGUGGUUUGCCGCUGGCGGGGCUGUAUGCAAAAGUUUUCCACUCUCAAGGUACGUUUUUUUUCUUUUUUUAUUCCUUUACCAAAAAAAAGCCUAAGCCAUCUAACGGCAAGGAAUGGGUCUCAAACUUGGACAAGAAAAUUUUUGAAAGAUCACUGAUUGAAAAAGGCUCGACUUUUGCUCCGAAAAGCACAGAACAGAGAAAUCAAAAAAACCUCUAUAGCUAACUUUUUGGAUACGCAGAAAAAAAUUAUUACAAUACUUCGUCAAAGUUGCACGACUUUUUUUUUUAGGACAGUCCUACUUAUAGGAGAAUUUCUUAACAAUAGCUGUCCUAAGGAAAUAAUUUUCAAUGUGGUACCACCAUUGAAAUCUGAAUUUACGGAGCUCCUCACAGGAAUUGAAAAAGUUCAUCAAUGAAACAUUCAACCUGAAAUAAUCAGGUUUCAUGUUCAAAGUAAUUUAGCGAAUCUUGAAAUCGCCCCUCCAAAGUACUGUCACCUUGUUUUUCUCAAAAUUACUCUGACUACGAAACCUCCUGAUUGCAAAAAAAGAAAGAAAAUUCUCGCGAUAAAUCUUUUUGUUAAGUUGUAAAGCUUCAAAGUCAGCAAAAUACGCACAUUACGACAAAAGAGCGCUAUCCUUGAAGUUAAAUUCAGCAAUUUGGCUUGGGAGAAAAAACGUGUCCUAGUGAGGUUGAUGAAGUUGAACGAAUCGUGCUAAUACUAAUUGCAUAUGUUUUUUGAGCAAAAGAAAAUAGUGUGGUCUCUUUUUGCAAACAUAUAAAUGGUUUUUCCCAUCUUAUUCUUAAAUCUUUUUUUGUUUUCAUUCAAUAUUUCUUGUACGAAAUCCACCCAGUUCAUGACAUCUGUUCAUUUUAAAAAAAACUAGCUUUUCAGGCGCUGGUCGACCACGUUCACGACCUUCAUGUUGCUUCCAUGGACCAGAAACACCAUGCUUGGAAGUGUGAAUGGGACGGAUGUGACCGCGAGGAACCGUUCCGCGCCCUCUACAUGCUCAUUGUUCACGUUCGCCGACACACGGGAGAAAAGCCCAAUCGUUGUGACGUCGGUGGCCUAAGAUAUUCAUCCAGUCUUUUUUUCCCUCUUCAGUUUCCGGGUUGCAACAAAGAGUACAGUCGUUUGGAGAAUCUCAAGACGCACAGAAGGACGCACACCGGCGAAAAGCCCUACAAGUGCGAGUAUCCCAACUGUUCGAAGGCCUUUAGCAACGCUAGCGACCGCGCCAAGCAUCAGAACCGCACACACUCGGAUCUGGUAAGGCAUGCUGAUGACCAAUCAAGAAUUUUCGGAGAAAAUUAGCGCUUUUUAAAAACCAGUUGGAAGAAAAGCCCUUUCAGCGCUUUUAGCGACGUGAUGUUGUUCACUUUUUUCAACUUCUUCAGGCGAAUCCUGGAAAGGAGGAGAUUGAAAUGUGUAGAGAAGCUAAAAGGUCUUGGGAAAGCUUUUAAGAGGUGUUUGGAAGGUUAAAAUACAUGGCAGAAGCCUGCUGGAAUGCUUCUGGACGGCUUUUUUUUUUUACGUAGAAGGUUUUAGGAAGCUAUGUGAAAGGCGUUCGACCACUUGCCUAAAAAAAGCAGAAGGUUCCCAAACUUUACCUGAGUAGGAAAGCCGAGCAACGUAGCUGUAGGGCAGACCCAGACAAGCAAUCCGCUAAAUGGACUAUAUAGCCAAAAACUAAAUUGAGGUUUAUAUUUUCUAAGUGGAUACCAUCCUCAGUGUCUAUUUAAUGACGUGGUAAUCAGGCCCUAGACAAAAUGAAAAAGUUUCAGAGCCAAUAUGUAUUCAAGUUUUUUUUUUGUGUUGUUAGAAGCCCUACUGCUGUCCGCUCACGACAUGUUCGAAAAGCUACACGGAUCCUUCAUCUCUGCGUAAACACAUCAAAGCUGUUCAUGGGGACGAAGAGUAUGAGAAGGCGAAAAAAUGUCGUCCUCCUCAUCACGGCGGUCGAAAAAAGGUCUUGUGCAAGUUUCUUCGUUGUUUCAAUCGAAGCUUUUUGAUUUAGAUUGAAGCGAAAAAAGUGGAUCGAAAAGACGACGCCAAUUCGAGUUUUGAACAGGAGCAGGCUCUCCGUGACGUUAGUUUUUUUUUGUCCUCUCAAUUUUCAAACGCGACGUGAAGCAAAUUGCGCAACUACAGCACAGGCCAUAAAGGUAUUUCAAAGUGGUUAUUUAAGCAUAACUCCUCUGAAAGUGGCUCAAAUGACAUGAAACUUCGCACAGAUUUUAAACAGCUAUGCAUUUACUUAUUUUCAGAGAUAAAACUAGUUUGCUCGAAUCAGACCAGAUCUUUGAGCAAAAAACCCAAAAUCGUGAAAAUGGAAAUUUUUCUCUUGAGAUUCGGAAAAUCAUAUUUUCAAAGAAACGUCGAUUUUCAAUCAAAAACUUUUUUUUACUUGUAAAACAAGGUUUCGGCUUUUCAAAAAACCUAAUCAGCCCCCUACCAACCCGAUAGUAAGAGUGUAGUGAUUUUUUCUUUGGAAGGACCUUGCGUUUUGUCGCCUAGUCAUUCAAAUGGACUAUACGAGGUCAAUUUUGUUUGAGAACACCCCGUUUCAUGUUGAAAAACUUCAAAACACCCUCAAGAAUAGUUUGACACUGUUUUCCUCAGCUUUCUCACUUUUUCCGUUCUCUAGAACUCACUAACUUUACUAGGACCAAUUUUGAAACCUCUGAUUUGAAGCGUUUAGGCUUGUUUUUCAAAAUCAGAACAUUCUCGAUUCGUUAUCUCAGUUUUUGAAACCCUUUUAGAACAUUGAUGAAUAAAAAUGUGAAAAGAUUGACUGUGUUUCGCUUACUUAUCCAAAAGAUAUAGUGAGUUAUAAUGAGUUUCUCAAAGUUCUCGAAACUUCGUUUCAGCAAGUGUUGCUUAGAAGGCUUCAAAUCUUGGGAAAGAUGAUAAAAGACUUUUUUUCAUAUAGUUAAAUGUUUUAGAUCAUGAGAUAAAUUUGUAACUUCUUUUUCUAGUUCUCAGAUAAAAGAAAGGUACUUUAAAUUUUAUGGGAAAAUAAGUUUUUGGUCUUGUGAAACUAAUGCGUCAGCAAAAAAUCAGGAGUCUUCAGAAAGUAGGAGCUUGCAAUUCAGCCAUAUGUUAUCUUCGAAUUCACCAUUGAAAAGCGAUUUUUCGAUAAAAACUGUAUUGAAUGCCCGAAAAUCCAGAAAAACUGUUCGAAUCGGAGGUUUCAAAAUUGGUCCUAGUAAAAUUAGUGAGUUCUGGAGAGCGGAAAAAGUGAGAAAGCCGAGGAAAAUAGUGUAAAACUAUUCUUGAGGGUGUUUUGAAGUUUUUUAACAUAAAACGGGGUGUUCUCAAACAAAAUUGAUCUCAUAUAGUCCAUUUGAAUGACGAGGCGACAAAACGCAUACCUGUAUGGCCAGUACUGUACAUACUUUCAUUAAGAGAUUUUUUUUCGUUUUCAAAAUUUUGCGAACCACUUCAUUUCAUCUCAGUUUUAAAUUAAUCAAUUCUUGUUUUCGUGAGAGUUUAUCGUACUUUUUUAUCUAGAACUUGACGCAACUCGAGCGUUCUUCACUGGAUGAAGCGGUGCACGAGCCUCAACUGCCGCCGCCGCAGAUGGAAACGUAUCGGACCCAGGCCAGAGGCUCCACAACGCUCUCUUCGAGCGCCGCUUCGUCGCCACUAUCGUUGGCCUCUGCACACGCCGGCAGCACGUCGAAGCCGAACGAACACAUCGAGACCGAAGACGAGCCCAUCGAUGUCGACGAUGACGACGACGAGUUGCAAGAGGAGCAAGAGCUCAAGCACAAGAAUCCCUACGGAGAAAUGUUGGCCAAAUGUAUGUUUUCUUUUUCCAUUUAUUUUUUUUUCAGCAAACGUUUUCUAUCCAAGGCAUCAAAUUGAAAAUCUUGAAAAUCUCUUUAAAAUGAAUCGAAAUGAGAUACUGUGAUUCUUUGAAAAGAAAGUCUUGAUCAAUUUUUACAAUUCCACUAGAUUCCUUACAGAGAAUUUUCUGACAAAAACGAAUUUCUUCGAAAGAUUCCAAUAAUGAUCAAAGUCUUCACGGGGCAAGGAUGCUAGCCACUAAACUGGAAAGAAGCGUGCGUACGCGAGCCACAUACCCCCUGGCCUUGCAGUAUUCAUUGAUCGUGUAGCUUCACAUCUCGAAAAAGAAAUCUAUUGCGAUAAAUUUUAUUCGUGUUCCUAAAAAAGUAGGUUUUUAGUACAUUUCAGCAAAAUUUUUAUCAAAAGUUCAACCGGCCCCCAAAACACAUCCCUUGUUAGACUGUAAGCUCAGGUAAAACUACUCGGAAUCAAAAAUAAAACUCUGCUUCUCCAGGGCGUAUAUGCCCCCCGGAGCCUUCGACUAGAAGGCUCAUAAUUUUAUUUUUCGUAAAUUUUUAAAAUAAUUUUUUCAAUAACUUUCUUCAAAAUAUGCAAAAAACUUUUUCUUUUCGUGAUGAGUUUUGAAAGACAGAAGUUCUUUCUUUCGAAGAAAGAGCGAAAUGUAACCGAGUAAAGCUAUUUAUGCUUAUUGCUCGCUCGAAAAAAACUUCUAAUUUUUUUUAAAUAAAAUUUCAAAAUUUAAAAAAAUGUCUAAUUGGCGGAAGUUUAUGUGACCAGAUGGUUUCCAUUAGCAUUUAGAAAAAUUGAAGAUAUUAGAAAAAGGGCUGAUUUUUUUAAAUAAUUUUUUGGUGACUUGAUAACUUUUUAUCGUAAACUUUUGAGGAACGCUCAAAAAAUAUGCAAACAAUGAGCUCAUUGUCGGCAAAAAAAAAAAAAGAUAUCCGCCGAAAGGAUUAAAACCAAAGUCGCAAUGUCAAAAAAAGAAGAAUAAAAGCCCCUAACCACUAGGCCACGUCGCCAGUUUCUAGCUGAACUCUCCGAAAAACGUUCGACAAGGUUUCCUGAGUUGCCUGCAGGGUCUAGCUGAACAUGUUUGCUUAGCUCUUCCAACCCAAAAAGUUUUGAGGUUAGGUCUCACGUGCGGGCGGUUACUUCAAGCAUACCCUUUUUACCCAAAAAUUCUCAAGUAGCCCUUGGGUAUGAGCGAAUAAUGAUAAUAGGAAAGUAUUGUGAGUAAUUUUAAGUCAAGAAUUCCAUUGAAAAAAAAAUUUUUUGCCACUAAUUAUAUCUCUUCCAGCAAUCAAUUCAAUGGGAUCAAGUCCGCACGGCGGAAGAGAUGGCUUUAACAACGACUCAAACAGCAAACCGGUCGACGUGCAGCCAAACAACACUCCGCAGCAGAACGGCGGCGGUGGCGGCUCAGGAGGCAACGACGCGAGCCCGCGACCUCGUCUGACGAGAUUCUUCAUUGACGACAUCAUGCUCAUGGGGGCACACACACGAAACGCGCAGACUCUCAAUCUGUGUGAGUUUUGCUUGACUAAAUACGAUCUGAUCCGCUCCUGAUCAUUCGAACCUCCUUUUAUCAACCAAACCGAAGCCUUUUUUUAUUUUGGCCAAUGGUCAUCCCAACCAAAAAGCUAAAUAUUUGAAGAAAAAGGGAUUUGCUAAUUGGUUUGAAUUUUCUUCUUAUUUUCGAACUUUUAACUUAUCGUGUGCAAGAGUCAAGGAUUUUAAACUUUAAUACGCGGAAGAACGAUGUCAAAGUCUGAAAAAUUUUCCGCACUUGAAAGUGGACAAGAAUGGCUCUUGUGACGUUUCAAUAAGUCACUUUUCAGUACGCGGCAUGAUCAUGACGAUGCCUGCAUUGAGAGCCACCGUUAUCGAGCAACUACGCUUUUUUGACACCAUGGCUGGGAGCAACGUUCGGGUAUUCGAACAGUACAACCAGCAAACUGGACCAUCACUGACGUUUUCGCCGCAAGACGUCCGGAUUGUCAUGCCGACAUUGCAGGUACUUUUUGUCUUCACCUUCAUUAUAAUGUUUUCUAGAAGAAAAAGAGAUAUUCGAUUUACUUGAAAAUUAUUAUAAUCUCAAAUUAUGUGAUGAUUUUUUGCGUCAGAUGCGGCAGCCGGUCAUUCGCUCCAGAGGAAGAAGAAGCUCUUCUCGUUCAUCCAACUCUUCAGAGACUGGCAAUGAUCGCUUGGUAAACAGAACGAAAGUCUUUUCUCACAAAAAGGCUUUUUAUCUAGAAAAUUAACUACAAGCAGUAGGAAAACGUUUCAGAAGGCACUACUCACCAGAGAUACGCCGGGCUUGACUGGCCGUGACCACGGAUGGACUGAAUAUGACGUGGUUGAAGCGGCUGACGACGCGAUGGCGCCAAGUGGAGGAGGACCCCUGUCAAUGGCUCACCAACCCGUUGCCUAUCAUCGGAUCUCUCACCUAGGUUUCUCACAUUUUUCGCUUGAGCCCCAGUGUUCGAGUUUCGAUAAGUUCUUUCAAAUUUCUCAUGACAACACUUUGUUUCUUUCAUCUUGCUCUUUUUUUCAGGAAACGAAUACUCUAAUCAAAUGCCAACAAACGAACUGAUCACGAACAAUGAUAGCGAUGAAGGAUCCGAGAGCGAAACGGAGAACGGUGGUAUCGACACGUUGAUGGACUUUUUUGUCAGCCGUCUGACUGCCAACAUCUCGUCCGAGGUUCGUUCGGAAGGUGAAAGAGCACGCUUCAAUUGACUUCUACUUCUAGGAGAGCUUACGAGCGGCCGUGUCAAGCAGAAUGCCGCAGAACGGCGUGUUGGCCACCUCUUUGGUGAUGCACCCUGAAAGCGAGGACGAGGACGAUGAAAUGGACGACGACGGCGCCUCGGUAACCAGCGACACCCUCAAUGAGAGCGAUGACUAUGUCUACAAAGUCGCCGAGUCGUCUCCGACUGUCGGCGCUGUCGUAACAGAUGUUCCGCCCAUUCGACAUUGUCUGGCUUCUGCCCUCAUGUUUCCGCCAGCCGAAGACAUAGAGUCUAUUGAACCCAUCUCGACGUGUCAGUUUCCUCCACUUUUUGCCAUUUUCUUGAACGAUAAUUGUUUAAUAAUGGGAUAAUAUAGCCGAAUCACGAAUAGCUUUAGACGCAAAAAGGCGUGGCCUGUGUGCGCUCUCCACCAACCAGGCUCUGUCUACUUUCUUAUCGUGCUAGGACCCUUUUUUCGAUGGCUCAGGCCAACCGUGAAUCAGCUAUAGGAGAAUUGUUUGUCGGUUUGCGAAACUUUCGUUGAUCAAGAACGUCGCGUAGAGCAUCUCGCCUAUUCUGUGAUAGUAGUAGACGGGUUUCGAGCUUUCCGAAAACACUGCUGUAGGAACAUCACGGCGCCCAGCUUGUCCAUGGCUAGCGAGCGUCGAAUUGAAUCUCAGGCGAGAGCGGUAAUGAAGACCGAAUAGUUUAUAGACAGAAAAGUGCGAACCCUAACGAGCUCACUAGGAUCUAGAACAUAAUAUAAUACAUAAUAAAACAUCAAAUCACUUGAAUUUCGGAGGAAAAAAUACAAAAAACUCGUAUAUUGGUAGAUUGACAAGUAAAUUUUUUCAAAUGUUUGGGGUGAUGGCUGAACUGAAAUUUGAAAGUGAGUUUGUUCCAAGUAGGAGCGUAUCGAAGAAAAAUUCAUUUUUUAUUUUCCUUAUUUAUGCAUAGCAAAAAGAUGAAAAUUAAAUAUCAAUAGUUUUCAGAUGACCCAUUGAUUUCCGACAGUCAGCUCAUAUGGGGAAACUGUUCCAAUUCCUCGAUUGAUUGCUACCCGCGUGUUCUAGUGAGCCCUCGCACCUUUCACUCUACGUACUGAAAAAAUCCGUUUCAGGAACCGAUGAACAGCGAAGAAAUCUCGUUGGAGCCGUCGAUUGUCCAAACAGAUGUGAGUAGCUCAAUUCAUAAUUUUUGUUUCCCACUGCUUGAGCAAAGAUGACGGGAAAAAAACCAUUUCAAAAUCUUGUACUUUUGUUUAUCUUCCAUAUACAGAUGAAUCGGGCGGAUGGCGAUUGUCUCAACUUUACCAUUGACGAGUUGGUCGCCAAGUUCCGAGAAAUGGAGAGCAGCGACGACGAGGAUCUGAUGCAGCGAGCCUUGAAACGUUCUUGA